ACGCAAUUUAUGGCAAUCAUAGACUCCGACCCAAGCCCCCCUCGCCUUAUCGGCCUCCACUUCAGCAACACGACCCCGCGAUGUCCAACGACACGCCUCAACAGCACCAACCCUCCAUAUCCGAUGUCCUCCUCGUCAAAUCCCACCUCUCACAACCACCAGCAUCUCUCCCUGUCGAGCUCAUCGACAUCAUCCUCGACGACGCGUCCUACUGGCCCUGCAGCACCUCCACAGUCGAGAAGCUCGACGGCGUCGGCUCCGCACACGGCGGUGUGCUAGACAAGGUGUGCAUGCGAAGCCUGCCGCUCGCCGUGGAGGGCACGGAGGGCGAGUCCAUGUGGCACGAGCAGAUGGAGCAGCACAGGCUAGGUGAACUCGAUGAUGAGCUCGGAGGAGAGAUGCCCGUGUUCGAAAAGACCGGGCCUGCACUUGGACCUCGACCCAGAUGUCCCACGGAGGGCGGUGUCCGAGGAUACCGGAACACGUCUGGGGCGGGGAUUGGUAACAGUGGCGCGGACACGGGCGCGGGUGUGGGCACGACCCAGGAAGCGGGAGCGGGAGCGAAGGUUGGCUGGAGAGAUGCGGGGGCCAAAGCAACGUGGGCGCCGCCGAGGGGCCAGUUCCCUUGCCGAAAGAUCGAGUUCGAGUUGUGCAGUCGUGAUCAGGGAUGGUCGUGGUGUCGCGUCCUGGGGAAGACGUACGAGCGCUCGUUCACGUGGUUCGACGCGCUGAUCGAGCGCGCUGACGUCGACGACAGCAAGAGCGAGCAACAUCCAAACGUACCGGGAGCCUUCCACCUCCAGCGGAACGUUCUCGCGAAGCGCGAAUGGGCACAGCACAAGAUAACGUGGCACUACCUUGAUGCCAUCAAGGAGGGCUCGCCCGAGGCGAAGGAAGCGGAUCGCAUGGGAAGGGGGUGGGCGAGUUUAGACGGGCAAAUGGUGAGAACGCUCAAGGCGGGGGACAACAUUGCACUUUGGAUGCGUUCAAGGCUCCCUGGGUCGUCCAUGGACGUGUCGAAGGCGAAAAUAACGGUGUGGUGGGCGGUGUAAGGAGGGUUCACGGUUGAACCAGGGGAAAAUGGUCGGAUGACGGGUGAACUCGAUUAUCUCAAUUAAUUGUACGCCAACAUAACAACGCUGCGCGUUUGUUAUAAUACAUCUUAGCUAUCCCUUUCCUGACAUAAACCUCGAAUCCGUGCUCAUCCUUGCGAUAGCGGCCGCUUCUCUCCGAAAAGCUCGAGUCCCGCGUAUUCUCCCAGGAGAGAAGUACGGAAGGGAAGCGUC